GCCGCCGCCGUUUCACAUCAUGCCAGGUGGCUGCGGCGGCCGCGCGCGCUGGGGAGCAGCGGGAGCGGCGGCGGCAGCGCGGGCGUCUUUUCUGCAGCCGCCGGAGCUCCGCGCGACGCCUCCAUGGAGCCUCCCGAGGGCAGCGGCAGGAGCGGGCGGGCCAGGUCACCAGCAUCAGACCUCAACGUGGCAUUGCAUGAGUGCAUGGCAGCUCUGGAUUUAUUUCUUAGCAACAAGUUCUCAGAUGCUUUGGCUUCUUUACAAGCAAAAACUAAAGACAGUAUGUAUCAUGCACUGACUUAUGCCACUAUAUUGGAAAUGCAAGCUAUGAUGACAUUUGAUCCUCAGGAUAUAAUGAAUGCAGGAAACACCAUGAAAGAAGCUCAAGCCACCUGUCAAAAAUUUAGGAAGAAAUCUACAGUAGCUGACUCCAUCAACAACCUUGUGCAUAGACAAAGCCUUGAAAACUUUACUGAAGAGGAAAUCCAUGCAGAAAUUUGCUAUGCUGAAUGUUUACUUCAAAGAGCAGCACUCACAUUCCUCCAGGAUGAGAAUAUGGUUAGCUUCAUAAAAGGAGGCAUCAAAGUCAGAAACAGUUACCAAACAUACAGGGAGUUGGACAGUCUCAUACAGUCUCCACAUUAUGUCAAAGGAGAGAACCAUCUUCAUUUUGAGGGAGGUGUAAAGCUUGGAGUUGGAGCCUUCAACUUGACACUGUCCAUGUUUCCAGCACGAAUUCUGAGAUUACUGGAGUUUGUUGGGUUUUCUGGAAACAAGGAGCGUGGUCUGCUGCAGCUUCAAGAAGGAGCAUCCUCAUACAGCUUUAGGUCGGUGCUGUGUACCAUGCUGUUGCUUUGCUAUCAUACUUUCAUGACCUUUGUGUUAGGGACAGGAAAAGGAAAUGUUGAGGAGGCAGAAAGGCUACUUAAACCUUACUUGGCUCGCUAUCCAAAGGGAGCCAUAUUCCUGUUUUUUGCAGGCAGGAUAGAAACACUGAAGGGUAAUAUUGAUGCGGCAGUUAAUAGGUAUGAAGAGUGCUGUGAGGCUCAGCAAUACUGGAAGCAGUUUCAUCACAUGUGUUACUGGGAGCUCAUGUGGUGCUUCACCUACAAGCGCCAGUGGAAGAUGGCCUUCUUUUAUGCAGAUCUGCUAAGCAAAGAAAACACCUGGUCAAAGGCUACCUAUAUUUACAUGAAAGCUGCUUAUCUCAGCAUGUUCGGGCCAGAUGACUGCAGUCCUUUUGGAGACAACGAAGUUGAAUUAUUUAGAAUUGUUCCCAGCUUGAAACUGAAAAUCGCAGGGAAAUCACUGCCUACAGAAAAGUUUGCCAUUCGGAAAGCUAGACGGUAUCUUUCUUCAAACCCCGUUCCUUUACCUGUUCCACCUUUGGAGAUGAUGUAUAUCUGGAAUGGCUAUGCCGUAAUUGGACAAUGUCCCAAUUUAACAGAAGGCAUGUUAGAGACUUUAAUCGAAGCAGAAGAAGCAUUGGCAAGAAGUUCAGCUACAGAAUUGCUAGCAGAUGACCAGUGUGUGAUAAAACUGCUAAAGGGUUUAUGCCUGAAGCAUUUGGGCAAAAUCUCAGAGGCAGAAGGCCAUUUUAAUUACAUCUACUUAAAUGAGAAGAAGAUAAAAUACGACCAUUAUCUAAUUCCAAAUGCCUUGCUGGAGCUUGCAUUGCUGUAUCUGGACCAGGACAGGAGAGAAGAAGCAAUAAAACUACUAGAAAGAGCAAAACAAAACUACAAGAAUUACUCCAUGGAAACGAGAACACAUUUCAGAAUUCAAGCUGCCCUGCAUCAAGCCAAAUCCGCCCCAGAAAAUGGAAUGCACUCCGGAGCCUCGGCGGUGUCGUAACUUUCCCUUCUUUGAUGUCCUGUUUGUGGCAGACUUUGGUGCAGACAAUUACUGACACUUCAGAAUUAUUUUUCCUUCUCUUUCAAGUCGGUGAGAAAUCAAGUCAUUCUAAAUUUUAGAGAUGAUACAUAAAACAUGAAUGUAAUAACAGGGCAAAAACUCUCAAACCAACCAUAAUGCAUAAAACAUUUGUUUUUCCAACAGUCGCUUUUCAAACACAUUUGUGUAGCUCUCCUCUCAAUCGUGUGCCUUUUCUUGCUUGUUCGCAACAUCUGCUAAGCAAGAUAUAACAUCAAGUGCAACAACUGGAAAAACAAACCCUGCACCUUUUGGGGUUCACAGAAUUAAUCAGUUAGCUUUAUGCGCUCAUCUGGAUUCAUACUGCUAGCAGUUGAGAACGAAGCAUUGCUUUUUCCAAAUAUCUGCUUACUUGAAAUGGUGUGAGAACAGUGCACAAGAAGCACAGCAAGGAGGAACUCUGAAUUCUGGGCAUUUUCAGUUAUGCAUAGAAUGUCUUUUCUGUAGCUUUUAGUGGUUACUUUUUUGCUGCUAUAAGAAACUUACCGGUGGAAAAAAGCCAUGCAAGUUCCUUGAUUUCCUUCAGUCUUGUCUUCAUGUCAAGUCUGCUGCUUGUUGUGGCUGAAUGAUUUGUGGGGGGGUCGGGGGUGGAGAAAAAGAUGGUGGCAAGAUAAAGCUUUACUGCUUUGAAAAGUUAAAGAAUGGGUGGACUUUAUGAAACAGUUCUGUCAUCAGAACAAAUGUAAUUUAAAGUUUUCAUUGUAUUUAAAGCACAAGUCCUUGAAGGUCACUUAAGAAACAGCAAUACUCCACUGGAUGCAGAGCAGUGUGCAGUCACUGUGACAGUCACAUCCUCCUUACAGUGGUUGUUGAUGGGUUUGCCUGCUUGAGAUGCCCAUGUUUGAAGAGAUGCAUGGCAUUGUUUCCUAUGGUAAGGUGCUCAAGUUGGAGCAGGCUCUCCUGACGCAGUGCUCUGCCCUUUACAAAAGAGAGCAAUUUUCCUUUUUGCUUUUUCUUGAUGUUUUUGAGAAUCGUGAGGAAGGAGGUGUGCUGAGAACAGAGCAAAGGGCUAUAGCUCCGUUCUGAUGCUGUCUGCCCUAUCACUGCUGCUUUUCUGCAGAACUGGUGCAGCCAGAGGUAACACAUUUUCACAGUACUUAAUGCUCUCCAAGCCAGCUCCGUGCUUGUACACCUGUGUUUAUUGAGGACACUCUUCUACCUCCCUUUUGAGAGAGAUUCUUCUCAGUAACCUGUUCUGAUGUGUGGAGAUGGGAGGUUUUUUGGUGGCCCUUUUUCUCCAAUGGAGAUGCUUGUCAGGGAGAUUCGUAUAGAAGUACCUCAUGGUGAAUAUUCUUGCUAAAGUGAUUGUUCCUAGCAAAAGAGAAAAUUGACAGUUUAUAGCUCUGCUUUUACCUCUCCUAAGGAAAUGUCAUUGUUUUAUAAUGCAAAUUAAUAUGCAGGGAGACAGAACCACCUGUUCCUCAACACUGAGAACUUGCAUUGUAUUAAAAAUAGACACCCUUUAUAAAACUCUUCUCCAGUUAAAAUUAUAGAUGAAAAAUUCAUUUUUUAAAGUGAUUUUCUCGUAUAAAUCCAGUUCAGGUAAAUAUCUCAGAUACAACUCAGUAUGAGCAGUUAACGCUAUUUACAUAUUGCACAUCAAAAUUUAAGUGUAAAAACUCAGUCAUUCUUUGUAUAGAAUAAAGAAAGAUUCUUGUUCUAUUUCAUGCAUAUAACGCCUCUUCUUCCAGUUGUGUCCUUCUGAAAUAUUUUGGCACUCUCAGCAUCUUCUGAGCAAGCAAUGUGAUGAAAAUUAGGAUCAUUUGUACUGUGCAGAAAGUGAACAGUCCUUACAACCUUAGAUUCAUCUCUCAAGGCCACUGAAAUGCCCUUUUGGAAUUUUACCACAGCUGAGUUUUGCCCAUGCUCUUCAAUGCAAAGGACACGCUGUGCACUGCACACUCAGCUCCCCUGAUUCUUUGCCACAAUGAAAAUCCCAAGGUUUUCAUAGUCGUCUUUGGUUGAGCACAAACGCCAUUGGUAUCUGGGAUUGCCCAUCAGGCUGCAUAACCUUCCCAUUGCUUCUGAAACUGCUGCAUUCUUCUGAAGGAGCUUUCCAGAACUGUGUGUUGCUUUAUCAGUCUGGAGCACCAAGUGCAGUGGAUUAGGGAAAGCACAGUUGGUGUGAGAAGUUCUCAAACAGCCUGAAGCUGUAUUCACCUACAAGAAAAUAGUGGAUAUCACAGUGGUAUCACAAGUCAAGGAUUUUCAGCGUGGCCCAAGAUCCAGGAAAAUAUUCCUUUCAGGUGGAUAGAGUAAAGGCCUCAUUUGCAGAAGCAAUUCUGUGUUCAAAGUCUGUGUACCACUCAGAAAUGCUCAUGUGAUAAGCUUUAGCCAAGUGCUGGGUUGAACUCUGAAUCCUCAGCAAAGCUGGAGGGGUCAACCAGACAGAAACUUGCUCUCACAGCAGAAAGCAGAAGCUCAGUAGUACUAAGCCAGCAGCAUAGGAGCCUGCUUGAAUUUGUUACUGAUGCACAGUUCUGUUAUGGUCUGCAAUUAAUGCAUCAUGGAUUAUUAAAGACUGCCCCAUUCUAGCAGUGCUUUUCUUCACACAGCAUUUGAAACUUUGUCUUUUGUAAAACAUAGGAUUAUAUCAAGUAUUUCCUCCCAUUUCACAUUGAUUUUUGGCAUUGCAUUCUGUAGUAAGUUCAGUGCCUUAAUAUGUCUUGUGAUCUAUAGCCUGGAUCCAGGGUAGCUGGAGGAUGAUGGAGUGACAGUUUGCCUACCUUUGGCCCAACAGAAGCAGCUCCUUUGUGAAACCAUGCUUCCCCAGGGGGCAGCUCAGAAAGCAAAAGGCAAUCCAGAGAGCUUAAACACAGCACUCUGGGCCUCCUGCUCCACCUGCAAGAUGCAUCGCUUUGCUUCUGUAGCAAAAAGCACAGCAGCAGUGCAUGUGUGUGUGAAACGGUGAAACAAUGUGUUCUACGCAGUUCCCCCUCUGGGAGGAAGAGGAGCAGAUAAAGAGGUGAGUCACACUGUUUACUGCUCUACAGGAAAAUGGUUAAUGGUUGGAAACGUCACUGAUGAACAAGAUUGGAAAACCUGGACAGGCUGGAAAUGAACUCACUUCUUUACUCAUUAUAUUCUGCAGACAACCUUUUGUGAUAGAUAACAUGCAGACUAUGUAUCGGAAAGUUCUAUAAUUGAAUGAUUUGUCAUCAUAAAAUACUUUAAAAGAUGCUUGCUAGAUUUGCUCUGGUGUUACAAAAAAAAAAAAAAAAGAAAAGGACGUACUUUAAGUCCAGUCCCUGUCUCUUACGAAAAGCAACAGAGCUAAUAAAUAUCUGUGUUGCACUGUGGUAAAAAUCUGCAUAGUGUUUGCUCCAAAUUCAACAAUGUUUUUGUAGGACUGGGAUUCAUUCCAUUACUUUCUGGGUUUUUGUCAUCUCUGGACCUACUUACAUUCAUUGCUGGCUGAACACAGGCAACACGUUUGCUUAGAAUUAUGCAUUGUGCUGAAUUCCACUUGCUUUAGCUCUCCUUGACUACUACACAAAAAGAGUACAAAGCGUUCACAAACACCCAAUACACUGUUAAUGGGGUUCUUCAAUUUAAGAAAAGAAAGAAGCAAACAUUUAUCUCAUGGUAGUCAAGUACUGGAAGAACGUUUUCAGGUCUGUGGCUGAAAAGAAAUGUCUGUUUUUCACAUCUCACUUUUACAUAAGUCUGUUUCUUAGUAAUUCAUCCAAAUAGUCAUUGGAAUCAAACAGGCCAUAAUAUUUACUGAAUUUUAGAAGAAACAGAUGAUUGAAUGUUGCAUCCACAUUCUGUGCUUGUGAGAGAGCCAGUGAUGGUUACAGUUACUGAUUUAAAUAAGGUAGCUAGGCCUUGUCUUUUUGACUGCUGUUGAAAUAAUUGAGGUUAUUACAGAAAUGCUGGCUUGAGUAUCAUUGCUACAGACUGGUUUUAAUGCCUGUCUGUGAUGCUGCCUCGACUUUAUGUAGGUUUGCUGUUGGAGCAGAGGGCAGAGCUCAGGGCUGAGACCUGUGAAAGGCAGCACAGCUGUGGCUGUUUGGGGUCCAGCUGUGCUGCUGUGUGUAUGCUUCUGUAUGCAUUCUAUGGACUCUGCUUUUGCAGAGGGCUGGCACAGAAGUUAUCAGAUGCUUCUGUGUUUGCCAUAAUGCUGUGUCAGUCUGUGUUGGUGAUGGAGAGUGUGGAAGGUGUGCAGAGCUCCAGCACCUGUGUGUGUCUGAGAGCAGCACUUUGUGCUCUGUUGCGGUGCCUGGUGACCAGGAAUCUGAGUUUGCUGCUGGAUCUGAGCUGGAUGGUUGCAGAGCUCAGGCCUCCUUGUGUGUGAAAUACCUGGACUUGAAGCACAACAAUGCUGGCUGUGGCACUGAUGUUGCGUUCAUCCUGGAUGUAAACAGGGAAAUAAUGUCAUCUGCCUGUGGGCCAAAAUCUGCCUUUGCUAUUGCAAAUUCUUUGUGAUGAAAGAUCUCUGAUCCUAGUGUUAUCUCCAACUGAAUGUUCAGUAGGUGGUUACCAGGAGGAAAGUGGAAAUGCAGGAUAACUGUGAAGCAUAGGAAGAACUUUGGUUUGGAUAUUCUAUACAGCAGCUGAACUUGGGGUUCUGCUGGGGCAGGUGGCUCAGGUGUGAGCCUUUGAGCUGCAGCGUUGUGCGGUGCUCACCUCUCAUCCAGUGCUCACCUCUCAUCCAGCACUGUGUAGGGCACACAGAUGGAAGGGGCCAUUGGCACCUUGGAUGGUGGGCUGUGCUGCUGGAGCUGUGCUUGGUGGUGAUGGAGCCAUGGCUGCAGCUGUGGGGUGAACUGGUGUUUGCAGUGGUUUUCCUGACCAUUUGGUGAUGGUGUGAGCUGCCAAAUGGUGAAAUGACAGAAAUAUAUGUCACAGUAUAUAUUAGUGUAUUAUAGGUGUAAGUUGCAGAAGACUUUGUGUAGCCAAAGCUUUUUAAAAAGUUAUCAGAGCUAUUUGAGCUAUUAACAUCAACAGUGAAGAAAAUUAAAUAACCAUGUGAGAGACACAAAGCAAAAGCUUGGACACCUUUGGACGUGAUGCUUUGGAAAACGCAGGGAGGUGAGGAGCUUUCCUGCUGGAUCUGGGAGUGUGUGACAUACAGCCUUCUGCAGGGAGGCACCCCAGAACACAGAGGCAGUGUGGAGGCAGUGGUUGUACUUCACUAGAAAGCAGCCCUGUGCUGCAGAAUGAAGGAAAAGUGGAGCCCUUCAGCAGAAGGUGGCAGGCUGGCAGCACCUGUGUGUCCCAUGAGCUGGAGCAAGGCCUGCUUCUGUCCAGAGUAAGUGCUCAGUUGGAAUGCUUUCGUUUGUAAUAAGAACAUUCUUUGGUGUUUCAGUGCUGCAAAGAACAUUUUUAUUAAGGUGUUCGUUUUUGUUUUUGUUUUUCCAGUUGAGGAUGGAGAAGGACUGGAGGGUUUUGGUUGGUUCUUGCAUGGCCGAUCCCCUUUUGCUGGUUAAAAACACGUACCUUUGUGCUGCUGGAAACACAGCAGGUGUUUUCAGUGAUACUGUUUUCAUUUAUACAGAUUUCUUCCUGCAGCUUUACAUGGCUGUAAGUGGAUACACAGAGCAGGUACUGCAAUAGUCAGACUGACAGCAUGCAAACAUGGUCAUUUCUUCUACUUAAAUCUAGAAGAUGCUUUUGCAGAUUGUAUUUGGAAGUUCCUUUUACAAAGAGGUAUAAACUUCACAUUUCAUACUGAGAAUUUCAAAGAGUAGAUUUAAAUCUGCAGAGGACAGUUAGGCAUAAAUAAUGGUCUGAGAUGCACUGUAUGUAACAAGUUAAUCCUUGAAGCUAAUUUUUAUUCUGGCUAUUAAGUGCUCUGUGGGAUGAACUUUAUGCAUUUAUAGGUUAUCCAAUAUUUGUAUUUUUUCAGCAAAAAUAGGGUGUUUGUGACAUGCUGUACUUCCAGCUGCCCAGCAGCCACUUUGCACAUCCCUUCUAACCCAGGAUUGCACCUCAGCUGUGUUUGGUUUCAGCCAUCUCAGUUUUGUUUAACUGACUCCGCUGUGUUUUCUUUUUACCACGACUGCACAAGAACAGGAAAUGGCGAAGUCUUGAAGCUGUGGCAACUCAAAUCCAGGUAUUUCACAAUCCCUCUGCCUGGGCGCAUGCCCUUGUAGUGCUGCAGAGAGGGCUUUCAGCUUCCCAAGCAUACAAUUGCCGUCAGCCCUGGGAAGCUGAGAGACAGAGCUCUGAAAACCCUCAGUGGUUAAAGCCUUCCUCCACCUCCAGCUCUUGAAGAAAUCCUCUGGGUUUAUGUACAUGUUUACCUCUCAGAUUUACAAAAUGAACUGGCAGAACGUAGUAAGGAUGAUCAUCUUUAGACAUAAAAUGAUUAAAAUAAUAAUUCCAGUAGCAUGCAAGUAUUACAAGCCUAAAGGUCUUUAUAAAACUAAGUAUCUGUUACUUGCCAUUGCAUUUCUUUUGCCUCAGCAGGAAUUUUGCUUUCUUUUGUUGUAUGAGACAAAAUCCCUUCUGUAAGCUGCAGAUACACCUCGUGCCUUCCCUGCUGGAACAGCAGUGCCCUCAUCCCCACCUGCUCUGGUGCUGUGGCUGCUCUCAGUAUAAAUGGGACUACACACUGCUGCGGUGUCUGGCGGUGAUGGGGUGCACAGAUCUUCCACCUCAGUGCCUCUCUGUGCUGAAUGGAACUGGGAGGAAGGAGCUCAGGGGCACCCUGAGACAGAAGGCAGAUGCUGCCCUCACCUCCCAGGUGCUGGAACUGAGACACCGUUCUGGUCUCAGAGCUGUAGCUGAGGUUCAUUGUACACCUUGUGUCAGAUUGAAUUUGGAUGAGUUGCGGCUUUGAAUUAGAAAUCAGCCAGAACAGCACUGCACCUAAAAACUUGAAAAAGUCAUUUGAUUUAUUUGUUUUAUUUACACAUCUGUUUUGAAACUAAAAUUUGACUUUUUCCUUUUUUUUUUUAUUUUGGAAUGUUGCUGUGUAAUCAACUCUAGUUUUAGCCCUUCCAGCUCUUUUUGUUAUUCACCAAGUACUGUAAUACUUUUUUCCCAUAGGCCAGUAAGUACAGCAGUGGGAAGCUUUACCUAUACAAAGUGCUGAGAAACGCAUUCAUCUCAGUACCACUCACUCCGUAUUUCUUUCAAGUCUUCCUUAACGAGGCUUGUAAUAAAUAAAGACUAAUACCAACAUGACAAUGCUGCUUUUUAAAAUUGUUCAUUUGCCAGUUUUAACAAGAUAAAAUAACUAAUACUUAAUGUGGACAUUGUUUUAUGUUAAAAAAAAAAAAAGAGAGAAAAAAAAAAGAACUAACCCCCCCCAAAUGAAGAACAAACACCCCCAACCAGCCAAAAGAGGACACAAAGGAACACACAUGGAAUGAUGAAAAGGAACAACUAUUUUGCACUGAAAAAUAUUGCACAACUUCAGGUCUGUCUGCUCCAUUUUGCUCCGAGUAAGUAGGUACGUAUGAGUUAAGCACAAAACUGUGUCCAGGCAAAUCUGUGGAAUUUGAGUGAAUGUAGGACUGUAGACUGCUUUGCUUCCAACUGCAACUUGGAAUUCUUCAAUAAGAGAGCAGGUUGCUACCAGCUACAGGAAUAAUAAAUAAGUCAACAUGUUGGUUCUACGUUUUGCUGACUAACCCUCCAAAAAGUAUCCAUGCCAUGCACAGUUGUAGCUGGUCGGUAGACAAGGUCAAAGUACUUGGGACUUUAAGCACAAAUUGAUAGAACAAUUACUCAAACUGCACGUGAAAAACAAUCAAGAACAUUCCCUGAUUUGUUGUGGUUAACGUGAGAUUGCAUCUCAUUUUGCAAGACUGAGACUUCUCAAUGUAUCAGCGCUGCAUUCAAUGCAUACAAGUCACUGCAGGGUACAUUAAGAAAGAAAAAAGAAAAAAACCAAACAUGCUAAGUGGAUAAAAGUUCUUUACAGCUACAACCUUGCAAGACCACCUUGUAGUAAGCACAUCAUUUUGCUGCAGAAAUGAGCUAAUGGUGUCACUGGCUACAGCAGUACUAUUCUCCCCCUUCACUGCUGCUAUGACAAUCUGCAUCCAUAUAAACGCUGCGUUUAUGCGCAGAACAAAAUAUUUUUUCUCUGCUUGAUAAGAUUUCUUUUUGGUGGACUGCCGUGUCAGCAGCAGGGCUUAACAGAUACAUGUAAUACAGGAGACUGAGAUACAGUAUGUUUAUUCUUAACUUCUGAAACCUAAGAACUACAAGAACAAGAGAUGCAGUAUCCAUUUGCUGCAAUUCAAGACAACCAUUUUUUAGGGAGAAAAAAGGAAGAAUAAGUGAUUGCUUCUAACACUAUAUUCUAAUUUUUUUUUUCCAAUUGUGGUAGCUUCACUGUUUAUCAUCCUCCUGGUCCACUUUUAUCUUGAUCAAGUUCAGGUAGACAUCCAAAUGUAAGGAUUUGUUUUGUCCAAACCGAAAUGAGUUCUAAAAUCCAUGACACCAUAAUUUCAGUUGCAGGACCUGUUCUGCAUCUUCAUAUUCAACAUCACUUGCAGAAAAGGGGUAAUGCAUCUCAGUUUGCUUACAAGCUAGGAGAUCACUUCGAAGUCUGCAUAUUCCUAACUGCAAACAAAAUAUAGCACUUGUAACAGGUUAUAAAUAAACUGGUUUUCAAGCAUAGAGCCAGCCCAACAAUAACAAUACACUAUUAAAAAGACCUAAGGCAAUGAAUUCCAUCUCCAAUGGAGGGAGAAAAAAAAAAAAGAAAAAAAAAAGAA